UAUUUUCCCUCUGAGUCCAGAGUCCAGAGUCCAGAGUCCACCUAUUUUCCCUCUCCUUCUGACUUUCACCCUCCCUCUAUCUCUCUUUCCCCCACUCCACCGUCUCCUGUGACCCUGUCUCUUAUUUUGAGAUUUUUCUCCUCUGUUUGGGCGUUGUUUUGUACUUGGCAUAUGCUCAGUGAAAGUGUUUUUUUCUUUUAUUUAGAGUUUUUUAAUUCUUAAACCUUGAGACCCAUGUGGGUUUGAUUGGUUUUUUGCUGAUAAGAACAAGUGAGGAGGAGGAAGAGUCCGUUCAAGAAACCUCCCACCCAACCCUUUUCACCACCAUAGUUUUUCCCUCUUUUUCCUCUUUUUCCGCCGAGUGAUAGUUGGGACCUAAGCAGACAACUGAAGAAAUGACUAAAGAUGAAGACUUUAAGCUCCUCAAGAUCCAGACGUGUGUUCUCAAAGUGAACAUACAUUGUGAUGGAUGCAAGCAGAAAGUGAAGAAACACCUCCAGAAAAUUGAAGGUGUUCUUAAAGUAAGCAUAGAUGCAGAGCAACAAAAGGUCACGGUCUCUGGAAGUGUCGAUCCUGCAACUUUGAUUAAGAAGCUGGUGAGAUCAGGUAAACAUGCAGAGCUUUGGUCUGCAAAAUCCAACCACAACCACAACCAGAAACAGCAGCAGCAGCAGCAUCAGCAUCAGCAGCAGCAUCAGCAGCAGCAGCACCAGCAGAUUCAUUGCAUCAAAGAUAACAAGAAUGGCCAAGGCCAAAAGCAGGGUCUGAUGAAGGGCCUUCAGGCCUUCAAAAACCAGCAUAAGUACCCAGCAUUCAGUUCUGAAGAUGAACUCGAUUGUGAUGAUGAUGGUGAUGAUGAAGAUGAUGAUUUUGAAGAAGAGUUAAGGAUGCUCCAACAGAAAGCCAGCCGUAUUGGUUUGCUCAAUCAGCAGGCCAAUUCCAAGAAAAAUGGUUCAGUGGCCACUCACAACAAUGGUAAAAUCAACAAUGGCGGAAACGGGCAAGCUGGAAAGAAGGGUGGUGGAGGUAAUGGGGGAGGAAACCCUAACCAAAAUAUGGUUAUGGAUCAGAAGAACAUUGCAGCAGCUGCUGCCAAGAUGAACAAUGCCCAUUUGAGUGGUGGCCAUGUAAAUGCAGUUGAUGCUAGAAAAGGAAAUGAAAUCAAUGCCAUGUUAGCAGGACUACAUGGGCAUGGAGCUGGUGCUGGCCUUGGAGGGAAUGGAUUAGGGUUUCAAUCCCAGAUCAGCAAUGGCUUCCAGGGGUCUUCUGCUGGAUUCCCAGCUGCUGCUGCUGGGUAUGCAACUGGUGGGCAUCAGCCAUCAGCCACGAUGAACAACUUGCAGGGUUAUCAGUUCAAUCAUCCAUCAAUGAUGAACAUGCAGAACAGGAAUAACAUGAACUUGAUGAAUGAGGCAAGGUAUAUGCAGCAGCCCCAGAUGAUGUACAAUAGAUCUCCAAGCAUCUCUCCUAGCACUGGCUAUUACUACAAUAACUACUACAACCCAUAUCCCUACCCAAGCCCCCAACCAGACAACAAUGGUGCUUACUCUGCAACCCAUAUGUUUAGUGAUGAAAACCCGAACAGCUGUGUUGUUAUGUAAAGAAAACAUGGUCCAUUUGAGAGAAAGCAAGAGGAGGGAAGAGGAUAACUGUUGAAUUAUUAUUGCUGUUAGUAUUAUUAGUUUUGAUGGAGGGCAGUAUAUGGAUGCCUCUGAUUGAUGUAUUUUCUUUAGUUUUGAAGUAUAGGUUGUUUAUAAAGAUGUUUUUAUUUCUCUUUGCAAUUGAGUUGAUUGGUUUGUUUGGA